UCUCUUAACGGCUCUCGUCAUCUGUACCGUUUUAGGGUCUGCAGAACAGCUAACUGAGAUAAAAAACAACAACAGACAAACAGAUAAUUUAGAGCUGAAGUAAUGGAUAAAAAUAUACCUCGGUACAAUGUUCAGUUGUAUAUUUACGACCUGUCAAGAGGAAUGGCUCGCAGCCUUAGUCCUAUCAUGUUAGGCAAACAGCUGGAUGGGAUAUGGCACACAGCUAUAGUGGCAUAUGGUGAUGAGUUCUUCUUUGGAGGGGAGGGCAUCUCCAGCUGUUCGCCGGGCGGGACGAUGCUGGGGCCUCCAGACACGGUGGUGGAGCUGGGCGAGACCGAAGUGACAGAGGAGAUCUUUAUGGACUACCUCUCCUCUCUCGGAGAAACGACAUACAGAGGCGACAGGUAUCGUCUGUUUGAGCACAACUGCAACACGUUCACCAACGAGGUGGCCCAGUUCCUGACAGGCAAGACUAUCCCGUCGUACAUCACAGACCUGCCGUCAGAGGUCCUUUCCACACCGUUCGGCCAAAUCCUUCGACCAAUCCUCGACUCCAUUCACAUCGCCCCGCCCGGAGGCAACGUCAUCAACGGCGGAAGAAACAUCUAACCGCUCGAUGGAGCUGCCCGCCGUUCUGCCCACCGUUCUGCAGGUCUCUGUCAGUGUUGCUGAUCUCUUUUAAUUCUUUGUUUCCUGUCUUUGUUUCUCAUCCUUUCUGCAUAAUAAAUGACCAGCGACUUCAGAGGGGAAUAUUUUUCCACAUCCGAGAUUUUACAGCACACCAGUGAUUUGACAGUAGAGGCAACGCAUCUCGUUUCUGGUCUUUGUGCGAUUUGUGAAAUUGAAACAAAAAAGAAAAACACAGCAUUUAAUCAAUACAAUUCAAUUUUCACGUCAAACCGGCUUGGUUUGGAUAACCUUUUUUUUUUCCCCCUCAAUAGAUACAAUUUUCAUUUGGAAACUAUUUUAUUAAAUUCACCUAAGUUAUCAUUGUCUGAUAUAAAAAUGAGAAUGUACAUUUAAUCAGCUAAUGUAGUAAACAGUUUCUGAUAUUUACUCUCAGUAUAAAAUGAAGAAUAACUUUAUCCUUGUAAUUGAUAAAUUAAUCGAAAUCCCUGAAAGUUUUACUCUGAAACAAAUUUCCCAUUGAAAAUUAAGUGUUACACUUGACUACGUUGCUCAUCGCUGGAGUUUAUUCUUUAAAUGUAUUUAUAAUAUUUGGUAAACUCAUUAUGACUUUAAGUCAGUCACAUUUCUAUAUUUGCACCUUGUUCAUGUUUGUUAGCCUUUAGUUUAUGUCCAAUCAACAUUUUUUGUAUGAGUCUGUAAUCUCUUGAUUUAUAUUUUCAUUUUGUUGACACACAACAGGGUGUGAGGAAUAAUAAUAUCAGCUGACUUAAACAUUUUCCUCUGUAUAAAUGACUCCAUAUUUUUUCCAUUGUUUUUUUUGUGUUCAGUACAUUAUAUGAAGAGUUUUCUUUAAAAUAUCAUCCUGCUCUCUCCACAAUAACCUGCUUGAGUCCUUUAACAGCCACCAGAGUGUGUUUGAACUCCAGCACACCUCUGUGCCUUCACCCCCCUCUGCCUAACUACAGUCUAGACUCUCAGACUCCAUAAAGCUGUUUAAAGUUGAUCUAGUAAUUGCAUAACAAAUAGGAUAUGAUGAUAUGAAUUAUACAUCUAGUGCACAAGCAACACCCUCUACAAUCUUGUUGUAUAGCACACGGGAUGUACGACACUGCGCCUGUACACACACUUAUUGCUACCCUGGGUAAAGUGACAGGAAGUAAAUUAAUCUUUUAUUGAAGCAAAAAUAUUCUCAAACUCAAAAGAAUUUGAGAGAUCGAUUGGGAAUUGGGAGUGUUUUUAGCAAAAACCCAUCAGCCACUCGUGACCCCUAUGUUUGAAGAACCCUUUUUGGGUAAUUGGUCAGAGUUCCAUCCCAUAUUCUAUUUGCUCAUCACCCCACAAUUUUGUUUUUUAUUUUAUAGGAUUUACGUCUCCGGGCUGGGAUGGCCUUGGGGGGAAAGAUGAUUUUGUUUCCCAUCAGCCCUUUCUGUGGCCAAAUUCUCCUCAUCAUUAUUCUGCACAACUACCCAAUGUCAGCUCAAUUUCAGUUUUCUGCCGAUGAAACUCACCAGAUGUUCAACUCAAAUCUUCUGAUAUUUCAGGUAGUCCAAUAGUCUGACCCAUCGCUCAAAAUAUUCAUCCACCAGGAGUUUUUGUCUUUAUCAUUUAGUUAUUCAUUAAUCACAAUCCCAUCUGGACCGAAGACGCAACUCUUGAUAAAUUCCCCAAAGCGCCGUGCAAAAUCCACAUCUUUACGUGGAAAGGUAGGAAGCUCUUUUCCUGGGAUGCCUCCAAGGCAACUGAUUGGCAUGUAGAUCACGACUUUUGGUUGCUAACAGCUUUGGUGGCGACAGCUUUCUUUCAACUCCCUUACCACAUUUCUCUCUGUGAGCCAUGGCAAGUCUUCUUCCUGUUGUUUUCACCUUUUAAAUUAUUGCUUUAGCAGAGAAUACCUAAACUCUGUUAUUUACAAACUUUUCAAGAUCUUCCUUUCUUGAACCUGCUCUCUUGCCUUUCCCAUUUUGAAGAGAAUUUGGCCUUUGUCAUGUCACGUUUUCAUCACAAGGCAAACAGGAUGUUGUACUAAUUGAAGUUUCUGAUCUACAAAUAGCUGAGGGAAAUUUCUAAAUGUUCUCCACUGAAUAAAUACUAAAAUUAAAGGGCACAUUUCCAGUGUAAAACUGCUGCAAUAAGAGAUUAAUUUGUUUCAAGACUUUUUCAAUAUCCUUUGAAGGGGAGCCAAUUAGUGCGGGAGGGGCAUCGUACACAUCAUUAGACGGCAGGCUUCCGGGUCUUUUUCGAACCUUUUUGUGCAUGAACACAAACAACAAGCACAGUAUCGAGAAGCAAGAAUCUCCGGGGGUCUAAACUAGCAUUAAGCUUCAUGUUCUUGUGCAAUAAACAAACCUUCCACUUUCACUGUCCCAGCAGCCGCUGGGGUCGGCCAUUCUAGUCUUGCUCUCCUGCAUCAGGACGCAAAUGCUCCAGGAGAACUUGAGAGUUCCCCACCUUCUCUCCAGCUUACUGACACCCCAACCCGACCGCUGAAAUGUAUCACUGAACAAGUCGCCCUUUAUCCCGCCGGUGUACGUUGUUGCUUGCUGCUAGCCGUCCUGUGAAAUUGCAGAUUGCACCAGAUAUUUAUAGGUAUUGUUUACCAAUUUAUUUAAGAAAAAACAGUGUUAUAUAUUUCUGCACAUUGUAUUGUUUGUGUAAUGUGGUUUUGGUUUUCCUUGGUAUUUCUUUGUAAAUCUAUGUUAAGGGUGUUGAAACUCCUGAUGUGGUGUUUCUUGUCAAAUGCAGCAAUUCUCAGUAGGUUUUAAACGCCGAUUCACAAGUACAUUGAUAAAUUAAUAUAAUACAUUCAAAUGAAAGAAUGCAUAUUUUCUUUGUGUGUAUACUAAUAAACAUUUUACAUCA